UCGUAUUAAUACUUUAUAGUGUUUGUAAAUUUGCUUUUGAAUUCAUUGGUUUCCGGGAUUUGAUAACUUCCGUUGACAGCCAUUUUAUAAGACGCUUCUCGUGCUCGCGUAUGUUUGCUUCUAUUUUCAGUUUGACUAUUUUGUAACCUCAGAAAUUUAGAUAGAUUAUCUAGGACUUCCUUUGUUAAUCGUUAUUUCAACUAAAUAACAAGGAUGAUCAAAGUGGAGGAAACACAAAUUCCAAAUGACGAUGAAAGAGAUAGGAGCAGAGAACGUGAUCGGAAUCGACGAUCGGAUAGACAAAAUCGUAUCAAUUCGACUAGUCGUGAUCGGAGUAGAGAGAGAAAUGAUCGUGGUGGUAGAAAAGCUUCAGAUAGAAGAAUUUAUGUAUCAAAUAUACCAUAUGACUUUCGAUGGCAGGAUUUGAAAGAUUUAUUUAGAACUGAAGUAGGGAAAGUUGCACAUGUCGAACUAUUUACGGAUGAAAAUGAUAAGCCCCGUGGUUGCGGUAUUGUUGAAUUUGAAGAUGCGGAAUCGGUAAAGAUUGCUGUUGAAAAAAUGCAUCGUUAUGACACAAAAGGAAGGAAAUUAGUUGUGAAAGAGGACUUUGAUGUUGAGCGUGAUAAAUAUGGUCGGCUAGCAACAGCUCGUAAUAAUGAUAGACCAAGAGAUGAUAGGUUUAGAGAUCCUCCUCGUCAGCAAGGAGGUGGUAGACAAAACAUGCCAGCACCUAGUGGCAGUGGUGGUGGUGGUGGUGGUGGUGUUGGUGGCGGUGGUGGUGGAGGUGGUGGAGGCGGUGGUGAUAAUAAGUUUGGUAAUACUUAUGGUCUCAGUACACAAUUCUUGGAAUCUUUAGGCAUUAAUGGACCUUUGGUUACAAGAGUCUUUGUAGCAAAUUUGGACUAUAAAGUGGAUGAAAAGAAAUUGUUGGAAGUAUUUAAGUUGGCUGGUAAAGUUUUACAUGUUGAAUUGGGCAAAGAUAAAGAUGGAAAGUCUCGUGGCUUUGGAGUCGUAGAAUAUGAUCAUCCAGUGGAAUCUGUACAAGCUAUUUCAAUGUUACACAAUCAGCAACUUUAUGACAGACGAAUGACAGUAAGGCUUGAUAGAGCAAAUGAACCAGAUAUGCCACCAAAAUUACCAGAAGGUUUGAAGGGCAUUGGAAUGGGAUUAGGAGCAGGAGGAAACAGAUUAAUGGAUGUAGCACGAAAUAUUCCUAGUGUACAAGCCAACAAUCCACCGGUUGUAAAUCCUAUCUCUGCUCCUGUUUUGGCUGCCGGUGCUUUUGGUGCUGGAUUAAAUAAUGUUGUACCUGCACAAUUAGCAUCUGCAUUGACAAAUUCAAAUGCAGCAGCACUUCAAGCGAGUCUUGCUGGUGGUUUAGGAGCAAACCUAACUACAAGCUCUUUAUUGAAUUCAUCCUUAACAAAUGAAUUGGCUUCAAAUUUGAAUAGCUUUGGUGGUGGAGUUGGCGGUUUAUCAGGACUACAAGCAUCUUUGGCUGGUGGUCAAGGAAAUAAUUCUUUUGCACCAAGAGGUUUAUCUAAAUUAGAUAACGAUAUAGGAUUUGGUGGCAACAAUGCUUUUGGAAGUUCAUCCUUUGGUGGUGGCAGAGAUUUUGAUGGAGGCUUCAACAGAGGGGAUGGCGAUCGUGUAUCUGGUGGAGGUGGUGCAUUCUCCGGCAAUCAAGGACAAGGUGGAGGUGGUAACAGACAAAAUGCUAACGGUUCUCGGCUGAUGUCAGAUACCAUUCUUAUAGGAAAUUUACCUCCUAAUACUACGUGGCAAAUGUUACGUGAUAAAUUUCAAGAUGUUGGUGAGGUCAAGUUUGCAGAAAUGAGAGGUACAGAUAUGGGAAUGGUACGAUUCGUCUCUGAGUGGGAUGCGGAGCGAGCAGUGUCGAUGAUGAAUCGGUCACGUAUCGAUGGCAGGACAAUCGACGUACGCUUGUACUAACGAAAGAACUACUACAUCGAUCAAAGCUAGAGGAGACUGGGGUUUGCUAUGUCGUCUGCAGCAUUGUUCCGCUCCCGAUGACAAUACUUGAAAUUCAUCGUAGUUGUGUGGCAGAACGUAGGACAGUGAGUGAGAAGUAAUCUGUCGUUGGAAGAACAACAGUCGUGUGUUGUAUACCUGUUCAACGUUGAAACGCUCGUAUUGAUGGGCUAAUGGUCAGCCUUCUUUGACGUAACCAUCUUGUUCUAAAUUCUACACCAUCAGUUAUCGUUCCUUUUUACAGUCGGAAACGUUCACUUCUAAAUCAGCUUCUUCGAGUGAUCGAUAUAUAGUUUAGUUUGUUAGGUUUUAGGUUCGUAAUGUUCUUACAUAGUCCAUAGGUUUUUUCAGUAUGUAGGCUAUACUAUUUACAGUAAUCAGUAAAAAGUAGCUUGUAAGUUUAUUUCAUAGUUGUCACACGAUGAGAGUAAGAUAGUAAGAGAGAGAGAGAGAGAGAAAGAGAGACGACUCAAUCGGUUUUCUGACAUUCCGGUCUAAAGUGACGCUUUGGUCGUUCGCAAACAGGUCAACCAAACAGGGACAAGAUAAUUUUUUUGUCGUUAUAUUAAUAUUUAAAGUUGGCACGGUUGUCACAAAUGUAAGAGUUAAAUUUUCGAUCCAUCUUAUAUUAGAUACUCGUUCAACGAUUCAAUUCUUAUACGGAUAGUAAAUAUCUGUCGUUUUAUUCUAAUGUCAGUUUCUCUCAUAUACAUCGGUUCUUAUGCCUAAUAUGUAACUAGAUGUAUCGUGGUUCGACAGGGAACAAUUCUCCGCUCCGUUCACCUUUGAAAUUUAUUUUUUUUUGUUAUCCAGUGUUAUCCACGCUGCAUAUUACAUCGUUGUAAUUAUUUUGGAGAUUUAAAGAGCAUAAAUCUUUUUAUCUCGCUUUAGGAAGGUCCCUUUCGGUUCAGUCGCUCUGAGACUUCAGCGAACGAACAUUGGAUGACUUUAUGCCCUAAAUUUGCUAGAAUUGUCUUACGUAUUGUGCACAAUCAUAUGUUUACCAAAAAAUAUACAACACGUUUAUAUUAUAUAUAUAUAUAUAUACAUAUAUAUAUACAUAUAUUAUAUAUAUAUAUGUUUGUGUAUAUUUGACGUGAAACGAUUUCUGUUAUUUCGUGCUUUUUAUAUCAGUAAAGAAGAUAUAUAUAUAUAUAUACAUAUAUACGUAUAUAUAUGUGUAUAUAUAUAUAUACACAUAUAUUAGAACACUAUUUUACGAUAAUAAUAAUAAUAAUAAUAAUAAUAAUAAUAAUAAUAAUAAUAAUAAUAAUAAUAAUAAUAAUAAUAAUAAUAGUUCUCGCGCGAAUCUAUUCUUUGGUAAACAUAUUUCUUCUCGCCAUGUAGAUUUCGAGGAACAUUCUCUGCGCAUUGUGUAACACUCUUGUAUAACCACAACCUCAUUAAUAGUGAUUGAAUAAAGUCCACAUCCAUUUUGACAACAAAAAAGAAAAAAAAGAAAACGAAAAAAAAAAAAGAAAAGAAAAAAAAUAUGAGAAAAAAAAAAGAAGUAAAUAAUAAUAUGCUGUGGUCGU